AUGUAUACCACAAGAUCUGCAGUGUUGGUGAAUGGAGUUACGUUUCCUGUUUACGCACAUUAUUCAUUGCCAGCCGCCCCUUCCACGCGCCUGCGCCGUUGCAUCCGUCAUCUGAUCCGCCGACGUGGAAGGAGUUGGCGGAAGAGGGCAGCGUCGGUGGGGGGUGUAGGCGGAGGUGCGGAGGUGUGUAGGCGGAGGAUGUGUAGGCGGAGGUGUAAGGCGGAGGUGUGUAGGCGGAGGCGGACGGUGUGUAGGCGGAGUGUACGGCGGCGGCGGAGGCGGAAGGUUGUAGGCGGAGCCUCCGCACUCGGUUUGCCGCCUCCCUGCGCCAGCCCGCGCGCCGGUGGCAGCCGGCGCCUGGGUUUUCGUGGGCGGGGAGCCCGGCGCCACGGGGUGGCCACACCUCUCAACGCUCUUUCCUUCGCAAGGAGCCACACCGGGCGCGGCGGCGGUCGUGUACCCUGCAUCGAGAAGCGCCGCCGGAAAGGAGCCCCCGUGGACUGCGGAAAACGCGACGCACCCUGCGCGGGCCAUGCGCCGCGGUUGUUAGUGCAGCACGAACGCGAUCAUACCGCGGUGCGCGCCCGGGUGCGAAGCCGACGCGGCGGCGUUGGCGGGGCGGGGCGGGCCGGGGGCCGGAGGCGGUGGCGGGUGGCGGAAGCGGGGCGGCUGGCAAAGGUGGAUAUUAGCAGCGCGCCGCCCGUCGGCCGCCGCCGCCCCCCAAGGCAGAGCCGCCGCGACGCCGCCGAUUCUUGGAUGCGGUCCGCCGUCAGGCCGCCGCCGCCGCGCCGUCCACUCGCAAGGCUCGCCGACGACGUGCUGCCCAGCAUCAGCCUUCUCCUUCUUCGCCGAGGCCGAGCAGAUCCUGUCCUCCACGAUGACUGUCGCAUAAGGCAGAGCCCCCGGAGGGCGGCCGGCGACCAGCAGCCCGAAGAAGCAUCCCCUCCGCCGCCGCCGCCGCCGCCGCCGGCGCCGCCGCCGCGACCACCGCGACGCAAGGAAGCGCCCGCGUCGAACAGGAAGCGACGCCGCAAUCUCAACCGGCGCCGACCCUCAAGGCGACGCCGCGUACCGCCAGCGACGCGCCUCACAGCGUCGCUCCACGCACCGAACCUCUACGUCCCCGGCGCCCCUCGCUCGUCUGCCGACGACGCCGACGGCAUCUAUAUACUCCUCGCGCAUCUUACCCCUUUAUAUCGCCGCUCCGUCGGCCAUGCGGGGCGCGUAAUUUCGGAGGAUUGCAGAGAAAAUAGCGCGCCCGCGUGUGCGCGGCCGUGGGCCGUGGCCGCGCCGGCGCUAGCGCUUGGCGGCGAGGCGGCUGCGGAGCCGAGGCUGGCGGCUGGCCAGCCCGCGGCCGCGCGCCCCACGCCUCAUCUGCUCCGCCUCACUCCCCCUUUUCACGCCUCUGCCAACAAAUCUGAGAACGCCGCAUCUUCAACUGGGCCAUCUCGGCGCGCGUGUUCUUUGGAUGAAAUCUCUCCAGCGCGUGCCAGGGGGCCUUGGCGCGGCGGCCAGGUGCCGGUGGCGUCGGCGGCGCGGGCGCAAACGCCGGUGUGGAGACGCGCUGUUCGUAAUUUGGCGUCCGUGCCAGGGACUCGACGCCGGUCGCCGACGCGACACCGCGCCGCGCCGCGUUCCGGGGCUGGAGCAGCGCUGCCCGACCGCGGACGCCUAGCAGCCGGGGCGGUUUACGGCCCCUCGGAGUUAGGAGCACCGCGGCACGAUGACGACGACGACGACGACGACGACGGUGAUAAAACGCCCGGCGCGGAGCGGACGGCUCCAUUAGCUGCGGGCGACCCAACAGGUGGGUGCUAUUCGACGGUAAUCCACGGAGGAGAAACGAUAUGUCGUAAAAUAAAGGAACAUCCGCUUAACGCCGUUCGAUCAAAUGCGCCGUCAGUAACCGCACACUAUCAACUGCGCGGUGAGCGGGGCCUGUGGGUUCCCGGCGAGCGGUACGCGGCGAUGGCAUGGCGCGGGGCGGCGCGGGGCGGGGCGGUGCCCGGGCCCCAGCUCGCACGCCCUCCCCCUCCUCGUUGCGCGGAGGGGCCGCGCUCUCGCGGGGGCAGACGCGUCGGCGCGAGAGGCCGUGACGGCGAACGGGCCCGCGGCCAAAGCGGUAGUAGCUGUUGUGACAAUUGUGAAGGUGGGCAGAUUAGAAUGGGGGCGGGGCGAUGGAGCACAGGAGGCGGUAGUAGCUGCUGUGACAUUUGCGUAGGGCAGCGAUUACCGACGGAGAUGGCAGUAGUAGCAAGUGCCGAGGGAUUGGUUGACGUUGAUGGUGUGUGUGGAGGGCAGCGAUUACCACUAACGAUUGCCGACAACUGCAGGGGACAAGACGAUGACUAUCACUCAGGGGAGGGGGAGCGAUUUCCACCAGAGACAGCUGGCGAUGUCGUAGAACUAGAAGAGAGAUCGGUGGCGGUGGCACAAUUACCAUAA